CCUCAAUGCAACCAGCAGCAGCGAGGAGGCCAUGCUGCCAUGAAUCAUGAUCAUGGCGUCAUCACAGGAGUUCGAGGCUAAUGACCCACAGCAGCUGCACGCCAAGCCCAAGAGGCUCUACCAAGUCUGGAAGGGAAACAACAUAUUCUUGUGUGGUGGACGCCUUAUUAUUGGCCCGGAUGCAGCCUCCCUGCUGUUGUCCAUGUUCCUCAUCCUUGGCCCGGCCAUCGUCUUCAGCUACCAGAUGGAGUCCACAAUCCACCGCUCUCAACAACGGAUGCGUCGAGCUGCACAGCUGAUAGUCAUCAUCACAACAGCAGCGGACCUUUUCUUCCUAUUCAUGACAUCAGCCAGGGACCCAGGGAUAGUGCCAAGGAACACAAGAGCACCACCUGAAGCCGAUGAAUUUCUUGGCUCAACCACACCAUCGAUGGAGUGGAGCUCAGGGAGAACUCCACGGAUGAGGUUCCGUAGGGCAAAGGAUGUUACAGUCAAUGGCUUCACGGUGAAGGUGAAGUUUUGCGAGACCUGCCUAAGGUACCGCCCACCGCGAUCCUCACAUUGCUCCAUCUGCAACAACUGCGUUGAAAAGUUUGAUCACCACUGCCCAUGGGUCGGCCAGUGCAUUGGACUUAGGAACUACCGCUACUUCUUUCUGUUUGUAGCGACAUCAACUUUCCUGUGUAUAAUUGUUUUCAUCUUUUCAUGGGUGAAUGUCUACUAUGAAAGGGGAGACGAUGGCGGAUCCAUCUGGAAGGCUUUGCGAAAGGAAACAUACUCAUUUGUGCUAAUCAUAUAUACUUUUAUUGUUGUAUGGUUUGUUGGUGGUCUCACAGUAUUUCAUCUUUAUCUGAUCAGUACUAAUCAGACAACAUAUGAAAACUUCAGAUACCACUACAACAAGAAGGACAACCCCUACCGAAAGAGCGUUGCAGCAAACUUUGUAGAAGUGUUCUUCACCAAGAUCCCUCCACCACAGAACAAUUUCUGUUCAUGGGUAGGUGAGGGCGCACUGGAAGCUGGAUUUUAUACUCCAUAUAUUGCGCUGGAUUUGACUGAUCCAAGGGAAAAGAUUGAUUUAGAGAUGGGAAACAAGGAUAUACUCGUGGGGGGUAUGCAGAUCCCAACAGUGCUUCAGAACAUAGACUAUGGUUCCUUUGAAGAUAAUCCAGAUGACAAGAACAGGAAUGAAGAUGAUAGACUAGUGCCUUUUGCUUCAACUUGGGUACAACAAGCAAAUGAAGGUGCUCGAACAUCUGAAAUAGCUACUGUAGAAUAUAAGGACGAAAUAAGUGAAGAUGGUGGUAAGGAAAUUAUUAGUUCAAACACAAGUUCAGAACAAACAUCAAUAGAAGCUAAUGCAGCAGCAUCUGAGGAUGAAAGCAAUGAGGGCAUUGCUGGAAAAAGUAACAGUUCAGAUAGAAGUUCUACCCAAAAUUUGGGGGAUGUGAACUAAUAGAUCUGUAUUACUCAUCUAAAUUGAUAAUCUGUUCAUAUACAUGGCCAUUAUGAGUUGACAUUAUUCUUAGCAUUACACAUGAUAAAUAAAAACAGAAAGUGAAUGACUGUAUGCCUCAGCCAAACUUUUUAUAAUGUAUUAUUUUACAUCUA